AUGGUCUUGAAGUUUGUACCGCCGCCCAAUCCCCCUCCCCCUGAACGGUAUGUUUACAUCCGACGUCUGAUACCCUCUUCCCCCAUCGUCCUCGUUCUGUCAUCCUCUAUCCUUGUUCACGCACUCAUGCCCAAGAAACACCCCCCGUCCGAUGAUUCUAUGGAUGAUCGCAGCACUAAACGACCUACCACUCGAACAACCUCUAUUCUUCCAUCCUCCAUCAUCGCCGAACCGAUGAUAUCAACCCCUGUGGUCACUACAUCCGACAACUCUUCAGAUACUAUAUCCGACACACUCAACAAGGGAAUAGGCGAUCAAACGGUUGACAGUGACAUCUCCACUAGUUUUACGCGCGAACCAGCUAGUGACCCUGGCACAACGUCCCGCGUCGACAACCCUUCCCACUCCGAAGAAUCUCCUUCCGCCUCUACUCGUACUACUACACGACAAAUUAGUAGUCUAUGUGAUUGGGAUUACAAGCGUCCGUUGUCACUGAGAAUCCACAAAAUGAGCACAUACAAUAGUGAAUCUACUGGACAUUGUGGUAUCACCUCCGUCCCUGACAACACUGCGUGGGGACAUUUCAAUACCGAAGACGACGUUCAUCGUUUCCUAUGCCUGAAUGGCAAGCCGAUCACGAUAUGGCUCGUGGGCAAAAUUCAAAGGAAUAACACACGCAAAGGCUACAAUUCGCCUAGCCGCUUGAGUAUCGGAAUUUAUCCGGUAGUCGAAGGAGAUGCUCAAGCAGCUAUUCAGCUGCUCGACAAAUAUGCGUCCGAAAACAAAAAGCAACCGUUGGAUCGCAACCCAAUUUGGGCCAGUAAAUAUAUGGAAAAAACGCUCAAGACCGGUGAAAGACAGGCCAUUCCGUUCAAAGAGUCUUAUAACGCCAUGGAUCGUCUCGGCCCAAAAUCUCAAAUGCAAUACUUGUAA